CCGCCGGUUGUUGAUGCCACCGAGGAAGAUCAGACUGCAGCCGAACAAACGGCCACUCCAAGCCCUGAUCCCUCCGGAUCGCAAUUCAUCGAUGAUCUGCUGAACAGAGCUUCUGUUGCCCAAAAGCUGAAGCUGGCUCAAAGGCGUGAGGACAGAGAACCAACUGUCUUGGCCUCGAAGGAGCUUCUUGGCACUACAACACUGGAGGAGUCAUCAAUUACUAAUGCUUCGUCUCUGCUGCAGCCUACACUGCGUGAGGACAAAGAACCAAAUGUCUUGGCCUCAAAGGAGUUACUUGGCACUACAACACUGGAGUCAAUCACUAACGCUUCCUCUCUGCUGCAGCCUACACCGCAUGAGGACAGAGAACCAAAUGUCCUGGCCUCGAAGGAGCUGCUUGACACUACAACACUGGAGUCAAUCACUAACGCUUCCUGUCCGCUGCAGCCUACACCAUUGCAGCCAGAUAUGUUGUCAUCCAAGGACGCUUCCUUCACAUGGGCAGAGGAGGUGACUCCCUCGCUGACGCCACCCAUUUUGGCCCGGAAACCUGCCGGAUGGAAUCAUCAAUUUUUCAUCAGAGUAGAUCUUGGGGGAUUUUUCCACACGUAUCCUGAGCUGGGUGGGCCGUUCCGGAGCUUGGAGGAAGCUAAGAAGGCUAUACUCUGCCACCUUGAUAAACUACGUGAUCGAAAAAUGUGCACAAACGAUGGGCUUUCCAGUUCGGAGAUUGCUAUACGAGAUGCUCUUCACUGGCCAGAUGGCACGAGGAAGUAUUCUUCGAGAUCCAAUCCGGAUGAAGAUCAUAUGGGGCUAUUGGUUCAAGCUUUGUUGGACAAGUACAGUGAGGAGAAUAAUCUUUUGGGGGAUGAUGCAUAUAAUGUUGAAGAUGUCGUGAGCUUCCAAGAAGUUUAUGAGGGCAAAGGUGGCUGGUACUACCAUCUGAAUUGUACUAGAAAGACUAAAGGUGGCGUCGACAAUCUCUUCUUUGCUGAAGUCUUGAGAAUGAAUAGAGGACUACAAUUCAAGCUCACCUGUCUCCAUAUGGUUAAACCUGCUGUUGAUAACGGUACAUGCUAUGGUUGUAAAAAAACCAAUGUUAGUAUGAAGCACCCCAUUGACGCUGGUAAAUAGAAAGGUGGCCACGAUCCCUCGUGGCCACCACGGCUUUGCAUGGUUCUUCCACCGGAUUUGCCUGAGGGUUUUGAUGCUAAGAUGAAAGCUAUGGAGGAAAGGAUUAGAUAUCAAUUCCAGGACUCUGAUGUGUUGAUAUCGGAUGCUGGAAGAACUGCUGCUGCUGAUGGUUUGGACAAGAGCCAGCUGGGAAGAAGGGGCUUCCCAGCUGCUGAUGCUAGAAUGAACAAGGAAAGGACUGGAUAUGUAUACGGGGACCGUGAUGUGGCAAAAUCGGAUGCUGGAAGGCCUGCUGCUGGUUUGGAGGGAAAGUGGGGCACGUACGUUAUACCGCCGAUGCGUCUGAAGGUUUGAGAAGAUGGACGGUAUAUCAGUUUGGAAUUACUGUCCGAUGGUCAAACAAAAAAGUGGUUAUGGGACAGUUAAAAGUUUUAUUUUGCAUGUCUUUGAAUCACAUGGCUAGAUCGUCGUUUUCUAGCAUGUGUGGUACAUCCAACAUCCACAUAUGCAGGCGGGACGAAUUGCAAGUUUUAUUUUGCAAGACUAGCCUGACGUAAAUCUAAGUUGUCACGUACAACUCCCAAACCAUUCUUGUAUAAGAAAGAAACCCUUAAA